CGGAAGGGCAAAUUGGGGCAGGAGAUUCUGCCCCUUUUAAACUAAUAACCCUCAUCGUUCUCCAGUCUCCUCCAGCGACAGCGACACAUAGGAAUCGCCUCGCUCUUCAGUUCUCAUUCUCGCCGGAUUCCAGAAAAAAAAUGGAGAAGAAUUCUCGUUUUGCAGUUCAUGCUGAUUCUUCAUUUGCACUUCGUGGUUUUCUCAAUGGUACUUCAGGAUACCCAAGAUUGGAAUGGGGUCACCAGAAACUACCAAAUCUUGAGCUUCCUAGGGGCUCUAGAACUAUAACGAAGCUCCCUUAUGACUGUAGUAUUCUUUUGCAGUCUCCUCAGCGAAAGAUCUCAAUUUAUGGGAACCGAGCCAUCCAUGUAACCCGCACCUUGGCUGAAUCUACAAGAGUUGUUUCAAACCGUCCCUUGUCACCUCAUCUUCCGGUGAAGAAGCCACAGCUGCGUGCAACAUUUUCCAUUUCCCAUCGAAUCUUUGGGGCUUCUCUGGCAUCUGCUAUAAUGCUGAUCCCCAUUGCUUGGAAGUUCAGCCUCCUCCUUGAUGUAUGAAGGAAAAACUUGUUAUAGUUUGUGGUGUCAGUUCAAGGACAAAUCAAGCGUCUCUUGAAAGGAUUACUACCCAGAAGCGGUGGAACCUGAACCAGUUCAUGUUAUGUUUUGUUUGAAUAACCAUCCCAAAACAGUGAAGAACCAGCUGCUGGAGUAUAUUUUUAUUCCAGUUUUCCUGCAUUCUAUGGUGGAGUUUAUGUUUUCUUGUUCUUUUCUUCACGGCAUGGAACAAGUUCAGUUUGCAGGGUGCUUGUGUGCGAGUUGAUGCACUGAGUCUAUUUGUGAGUGUUGACCAAUAUGCUAUUCAUGGUAUAGACUACUUGAUUUUAAUAUUUUCA